CUAAAUUAGCAGAUAUUAACCAAGAGCUAGCAGAGCUAGGUUUGACCGAAGCAGACCGAGCUCAGGUCCGCGAGUACAAUUGGGCGGUAGAGCAAGCCGAACAAGCGUAUCAGGCAGCCAUGGCUCCAGUGGGACUUACCAGGCCUAGCCGUGGCAGCGCGGUAGCAGUUAGCACCUGGCAGGAAGCCCAUCAGCGGGCCAAUUCAAACAGAAACGCUAAACGGAGGCAGGCUCGCGAGACGCACAGGCGCGGUUAUGAGUUGCUAUCACGUUACCAGUCUUGGGAACAGCUUCGCAAUCAGGGGACAGCUCUGCAAGAAGAAUUGGCCGCGCUUCCAGGGCCCAGCAACGCAGCGGCCGGAGCAGCGCCGUCUCACAUCCACAACGCCGAAGCAGAGGCACCGGAGGAAAUUGACAAUGGUGAGAACGGGGCGGAGCAACGGCCAGGAGGGUCCAGGGGCCGGCGGGCAACAGCGGCUCGCGUUCGGGCAGACAGGGGACGGGGGGGCACUCGUGCAGUCCGGGAGGCUUUCCAGGCGACCCCCGGCCGUCAGAUAAGCCACCGGCACGCCACCACUGCUUCACCUAACGCGCCUGACCCCGAGACCUUGGGCGUAACUGGUCACCUAGAUGCUCUUGCUGAAGAUUUCCUUGCCACCCAAGCAACGCCACUGCAGCACACCGGCCCUCCCGCCAUGCCCGGUACGGGGUCGCCGGCAAUCGCAAGGGCAGCGCCGGCGAGGGACGUGGGUGUGGCACCCAGCGCCGUAUCCGUCCCACCGACAGCGGUUGUACGGGCUCUCGAUCGCCUUGAGAACGCGGGCUUGAGCGAUGCAGCUCGCAAAGUACGGCGCCUCGCGAGCCUGGAGCUGGCAAGACGGGAAAUCAGGGAGCCUGUAUCCGCUGACGAGGCAGCGGAAGUCUGGAGGACGGUGCUAGAGCGGCAGCUGGCGGCUCUGCAGGACGAAGAAGACAGCGAACAGCACCAGCCUCAGCGCCAGCAACGGCAGCAGCAGCAAUUGCCGCAAGACCGGCGGCCGGCAGUCGCCACCCUGCAGAACGACCAACGGCACCCUGCCAUAGGGAACGCACGCUGGAGUGCCGGCCUGAACCUACAGGGCCUUCCCGGCAGCAGCAGGCUGCAAGCAUUUGGGGCAGCGUCAGCAGGCCUGGGAGGCCUAGGGGGACUGGGCCUCACGCUGGGGGGCAGUGGCGGGGACUUAAACAGCAACUCUUCAGUGCUGGGCCUCGGCCACCUACCCCUCGGCUCAGCACCGCCGUCCGCUCUGGGCCCCCUGGCGGCAACCGUUCAGCGUGAAGGGGCCUGGGCAGACGUGUUCGACCGCAUCCCAGGCCUCAGCAGCCUGGUCUCGCUGGCGGACGUCAGCUUCGCAUCCCGGGACCAGGCGACCUUCACGCACAAGGCAGACAGUCAUCUCCGCUCCCUGCAGCAUCUCGCGUCCCAGCUGGAAGCGGCCAAACACUGCGCAUCCUCUUCGGAGGAGCUCUCGCUGCUCUUGGCCAAGGCCGCGCAGGUGUGGGAGGAGGCUUUUCGUACACAAGAGGUCCUCCGGCAGGUGCAGAAUGCAGCCCGUGUCCUGCCCUUCAAGGACGUCAUGGACGUAUUCAGCAAGGGCUCUCCCCUCACACAGCAGUUCCUAGCCGCCCUGUCGCAAUUUACGGACAGCCAGCGCCAGCACCUCUUCGGGAAGUUCGCCUCAGCCGCCGCUCCCGCGGCGGCUUACCCGCCGCCCCCGCCUCUUCCACUCCCGCCGGCCCCGGCACAGCCCCGUGCCCCACGCGACAACGGCUGCUUCUACUGCAAGAGGCCCGGACACAGCUACCGCGGCUGCCGAGAGUUGCGGUCGCUGGAACCUGGGGCCCAAACGGCAGCAUUCGCAGAAUGCGCCAAGCAGGAGCAGGCAGCCCGCCGGCCGGCUUAGGACGCGGCAGCGUCAGCUGGGGGCGAGGUCGCCCCGGCGCCAACGGCGCCCCCCCUCCAUCCAGCCGCCGGCAGUACGGCCGGCGGUGGGGCAGCUGACGCAAAUACGGCAGGGAUGGAGACACCAGAAGUUUUGUGGAUGCCUGACUCGGCGGCGGAAACGCCGUCGGCCGGCCGCUGGUUCGGCCCAGGGGGCGUGAAGCUUAAUACGGCCGCGUGGCAGCGUCACGGCAUCGACACGCCUGCGUCCCGUAACGAAGCCAGCUGGACCUUCCACACCACGCCGCCAACCUCGCAC